AUGCAAGUUUGGAACCUCUCUAGGCUAUUCAAUAACAUUUCGUACUUCAACAAGCAAUCAUCGGAACAACGAAAUGACGGCUUCCACGACUACUCCAUCAUCAGUGAUAGAAUUAACACGGACGGCUACGUGGAAAUCCAACUAGCCACCACCACAGACCUGCACCCCACAAAUGCCGAUUCAACUAGAUCCCACUUCACUGCAACCCUCCCAUACACUGAAAACUCUGACGAAGUCGAUGUCCCGAUCUCCGACUUCAUACGCUUCAGAAACAAGUUGCAAGCCUCAUCCAACAAAUCCCCUUCUAGCCUGAAAACAACAAAUAUGCCCCCCUCAUCCAAACUGGGCAAAAUUUGCGCUCGCAAGUCUGCCAGAGAUCAGCUGAUCGCACGCAAGUUGGUCUUCCUCAGUGCUGCUCCUUACCCAAACUCAAACCUGUGCAAGCUACACACCCAGGAUUAUUCUCAUUUAGACCGUAUGUUAGAAUCUACUGACGAUAUCCAGUUCAACGAUAAGAAUAACCGCAGGUCUAAAUUCAUAGUCAGAAGAGGCUGGAACAAAAAAAAUCAAUGA